AUGCAAGUAGUCUUCCUCAUUAACAGUCUUCUCCAGAUCGCUAAGGUAAUAUAUCCUCCACAUUCAAAACUCACAGAUAAAGAGAAAACCAAUAUUUGCUAUUUGUCUUUUCCAGAUUCUAAUUCAGGUUGUCUUGGGGACACACAAUUUUGUUUUAGAUUUCGACGGUCUCCUGGAAGGAAAGUCUCAUUUUGUUGUUUUCUGGACCAAUUGGAUAGAGAACUGCCAGUUUACUUAAAGAAAGAUCCAGCAUACUACUAUGGCUAUGUGUAUUUCAGACAAGUUCGAGACAAAUCAUUAAAAAGAGGCUAUUUCCAGAAGUCGCUGGUCCUCAUCAGCAAGCUGCCUUAUGUCCAUCUCUUUCGCACCAUGCUUAAGCAGAUAGCGCCAGAAUAUUUUGAAAAAAGUGAAGCUUUCCUGGAAGCAGUUUGUAGCGAUGUUGAUCGUUGGCCACCACCAACUCCGGGGAAAAUACUGCAUUUGCCUAUUAUGGGUAUUAUAAUGAAGUUGCGGAUUCCAACAUAUCGUGACAAGCCUGGAACAACGCCAAUAGUACAGAAUAUGCACCAGGCAGAUGCUCAGAUCUCCAUGGCUUUACCGACUGUUCAUGAAGUGGAUCUUUUCAGGUGUUUCUGUCCAGUGUUCUUUCACAUUCAGAUGCUCUGGGAACUAGUACUGCUAGGAGAGCCACUUGUCGUGAUGGCACCAUCACCAUCAGAAUCUUCAGAAACCGUGUUGGCACUUGUUAGCUGUAUUUCACCGUUGAAGUACUGCAGUGAUUUCAGGCCAUACUUUACCAUACAUGACAGUGAAUUCAAAGAAUAUACAACUCGCACGCAAGCCCCACCAUCUGUCAUUCUAGGGGUGACGAAUCCUUUUUUUGCUAAAACACUUCAGCACUGGCCUCACAUUAUCCGAAUUGGAGAUAUUAAACUUCCAGGUGAAGUUCCAAAGCAGGUGAAAGUGAAAAAACUGAAGAACCUAAAAACUUUGGACUCCAAACCUGGUGUUUAUACCUCCUACAAGCCAUAUUUGAAUAAAGAUGAAGAAAUCGUUAAACAGUUACAAAAGGGUGUACAACAGAAACGUCCUACAGAAGCACAGAGUGUGAUUCUUCGACGGUAUUUUUUGGAAUUGACGGAAAGUUUCAUUAUUCCAUUAGAACGUUAUGUGGCAAGCCUAAUGCCUUUGCAAAAAUGCAUAUCACCAUGGAAGAGUCCACCACAGCUCAGGCAGUUUAGCCAAGAUGACUUCAUGAAGACACUGGAAAAAGCGGGACCACAGCUCACAUCAGGUUUAAAAGGAGACUGGAUAGGACUUUACAGGCAUUUUUUGAAAUCACCCAACUUCGAUGGUUGGUUUAGGAGCCGGCAGAAAGAAAUGACGCAGAAGUUGGAGGCCCUUCAUUUAGAAGCACUCUGUAAUGAGAAUUUGGUUUUCUGGAGUCAGAAGCAUACUGAAGUAGAAACGGUGGAUCUUGUCUUAAAGCUAAAGAAUAAACUGUUGCAGGCUGACAGAGAACAGCUUCCUGUGAAAACUGAAACACUGAAAAAGCUGCAGACACACAUCAAUGAUAUUAUAUUAGCACUUCCAGAUGACUUACAGGACAUCUUGCUCAAAACUGGCACAACAUGA